AUGGAUAGAGUUCAUAAAAUAUCACUACUGCUCCUUACCAUUAUCAUUUCUUUCUCGAGCCUCGCAGUUUCAAGUGAUGGCCGAACACAACAACUAGGGAAUCAGAAUUCAAAAAGUGGCAACAAAGGUGAAACAUGGUCAAAAGGAGACGACCAAAACACGAUCCCCAGGGAUCUCACCAGUAAGGACAUGUCUCCAGGGGAGGAAAGCACUGGAUUCGCUUUUGAUCCUUAUGGUUUGUUGGCUCCAAUGUACUUCCCAGCAUCUGCAGCUGGAUUUCAGGACAUGGAAAUGGUUAAAGAUGGUCAUAGGAGUGUUGAGGGGGUAAAUGGGGCUCCUAACUUCAAUGGAUAUCUACAAGGUUAUGAUGGAGCCCCGGGUGGUGGUUAUGGCUACCCAUAUCCAGGUGGUUAUGGCUUCCCGUAUUCAGGUGGCAUUGGAUUCCCACGAGGCAUAUUUGGUUUCCCUAGAUUCCGAUUUCCUCGCCGCAUAUUUGGGUUUCCGCGUGGUUUUGGUGGUUUUCCGGGGGGUUAUGGUGGGUUUCCGGGUGGUUAUGGUGGGUUUCCAGGUGGCUAUGGUGGGUUUCCAGGUGGUUAUGGCGGGUUUCCUGGCGGGUAUGGCGGAAAUCCUGGUGGGUAUGGUGGAAAUCCCGGUGGGUACGGUGGUAAGGGACCAGGAGAGAAACAUGGAGAUGGGGAGUACCCAGGUUCUGGAGGUAAAGCUCAGGUGAAGGGCAAAGAAGUCAAUCCUCAUGAUUGA